AUGCCGACCACCAAAUUGUCGAGGCUAGGGGACGGGUUCAAAGUGGGCUCUCCUGCCUCAAUCUCAGACAAACUAGCUCACUUUCAAGUCAAUGAUGAGGUCUUCACCAUCCAUCUCGACCUUCUACUCGAUCUCGUUAGCGAGUGGCCAGACUUGUUCGAAUUCACCCACGACGACGAGAACCGAGAGCCACACUAUUCUUACGACUGCGACGACGGCCCGUAUGUGGUUAGAGGCCUUGUGUACUGGAUCUAUACUCGGGACUUCCCGGGCGAUGAGACGAUCAGAGAGUGGGAUUACCCGGAAGAAUGGGACGAAGGGGAAGAGGAGGAGCCGCUAGCCUGCAGCUUGGUAAUCGAGCUAUACUUCUUCGGCUGGCUGAUGCAAAUUGGAAGGCUCCUAGACGAGGCCAUGAACUUCCUCUUCUUCCAAUACAAGAAGCAGCGCAUCCCACCGAGCGUCGGCCGCAUCAACCAGAUAUACGAGACGCAGCACACCAGUGGACUCAAGGACUUCUGUGUCGAUAUGCAUACCAAGUGGUGCAUCAUUGACUGGAGUGCCCUCGGAAUCGACCAGCUGGACGAUGAGAGUGGGGGCUACCCUACGGCAUUCCUUUGGGACUUCUUCGUUCGCAUGGGCAUGCGCAACUACAAGACUGCCAAGGAUGGCUCAUCGGCGGAGAACUGCAUGGUCUUGAAGCUUCGGGACUAUCACGAGCACUGGGAUAAGAGGAUGGAAUUACUCUGCCCGUGCGGAAGCCCGCAAGAAGGGAUCCACUUCAUCAUUGAAUGAGAAAAUUUCCAGUGCAACGGCGGAUACUAAAAAGCCAAAACAAAAGGCUUACAACGGCAAGCGCUUUUCCACCGCGAGUGCGCUAUACUGGAGAUGGCAAUGGUAAGCCACGGCUUCGUCAGCUAGACAGGAGGGCCUCAGGCUUCAUUCACG